AUGUCGGUUGCUAAGAUAACCCUUACACACUCUGCCAGUCAGAAUGUAGUUCCCGAAAAGCGCUUCGCUCUGACACAGUCCGUUGAGAGCAUCAAACAGAGCGCCUAUUCCCACUUCGGGACCCCGUCUGCGUACUGCCGCCUGGAGCUCUACGAUGAUCGUGGCCUUCUAAUUGAAGCAGACAUGAGCAACGAAAAAAUGUUGGGGUACUAUCAAUGCAGAGAUGGCUAUCGGAUUCAUGUUGUUGACACACAGCCUGCGGAAACCAUUUCGGCCUUCAAUGACCUUUCUAAAGUCAAGAAGUUUGAGAUUAGUGAGGAGGAGUGGCUGAAACGUGGCGAUAACGUACGUGCCUUCAAACAACAGAUGCUGGCCAGACAGCGAGCGGAAAUGGAGGCUGCUGGGGUGGCACCGACCCCCGUAGUUACACUCAACGCGGACAGCUACGAGGAAAGUGCCAAACAGAUCCAAGUUGGUAGCCGCUGCAGAUGCAAGCCUGGAGAUCGUCUUGGCGAAGUGAAGUAUGUGGGCCGUAUUGCAAAGCUGAAGCCAGGCUACUGGGUUGGUGUGCAGUUCGAUGAGCCUGUGGGGAAAUCUGAUGGCAGCGUGAAUGGGCAAAGAUUGUUUGAUUGCGCGCCACUAUACGGCGCUUUUUUGCGUCCGGAUCAAGUAGAGGUAGGCGACUUCCCUCCGGAGAACUUAUUUUCUGAAGAUGAUUAGAAUUUAAUAGCAUUAACAAAUAGGUUUUGAAAAGUUUGUCGCAGGGUUGUCUGGGAAAAAAAAUUAGAUGUCGUGCUGGAAUCAUCUUUAGCGGUUUCCUUUUCCUGCAUAUGUGAGGGCUCAACAACAAAAAA